ACAUUCACAGUCCGUGCACGGAGCCAAAGAGCAGAGGAUGCAGGAGCAGCAGCAGCAGCACACACCGACUGACAGAGCGUGUGUGUGCAGGAGCAAAAACUGAGGCUCCUACCAACAAUCUGUGUGAGAGAAAAAUUGAACAAGCCGCUUGUUUCUGGUUUAGAGAGGUGAAUGAAAUCCGGCCAGUGCUCGGUAUACAGAGGAAGGGUUCUCUGCGGCGCCCCAUCCAUCUUCAGGCUGUGUUCCACGCUGCACAGACGAGGAUCUGCAGUUUCUACUCAGUGAAUGAGGAGGAGAGAUGUCUCAAGAGAAUAGCUGUUGCAGAGUUUGCAGCAGGGGCUUUUAUGGCUGCCACUGGAGGGAGCCGAGUGAAAACAAGAGAAAACACGCAUGCUGCUGGUUCUCGGUCGUCACGUUGGCCUCCCUGCUCUCUCUCUGCUGGAUGUACAUUUGUCUGGUUAGUUUUAAUGACCGAGAGGAUGUUAACUGGCAGGGCUUCACGAAACUGAAGCGGUGGGUGAACUGGUUCAUGGUGCUGAUCAUCGUUUCUGCAGUGAUAACCAGCUACUGCGUCCUGCUGCUGCUCUUUGCACUGUUCCAAGUCGCUUUAAAAGAACCACUCGACUUACACUGGCUGCACAAGAUCCUCAUAUUCUUUGGUGUGAUGUUCAUCACUUUCGGGGUCAUAGGAAUUAGUCUCCAGUGGAAACAAGAAUGGCCGACUGUUCUUCUUUCACUCCAGGCCACAGGUCCUUUCUUGCAGUUUGGUUCUGUCGGAGCGUUGACGCUGCUGAGUCCUCUCGUCUUCCGGAGCUUCUACGAUGCCGGAACGGCGUGGUCUAGAGCCGUCAUCGCAUUGGCCUUUGUCGUGGUGUCAGCUGCCAUCUUCCUGUGUCCCCUGAUCAUCGAGUCUCCCUGUCUGCUGAGUGAAUUGCCUGAAAAACCCAAGCUCAUUGGCCACAGAGGCGCCCCAAUGCUGGCUCCGGAGAACACCAUGAUGUCGUUCAACAGCAGCAUCGCAUGCGGCGUGACGGCCUUUGAGACCGACGUGCAGAUCAGUAAAGACAAAAUUCCCUUCUUGAUGCACGACAACCACUCCGAGUUUCUGUCGAGGACAACAAACGUGAAGGAGAAGUUACCAGACAAACUUUCCAGCUCCAGUUACAACAUAACGUGGGAGGAGCUGCAGACCCUGAACGCAGGCGAGUGGUUCCUGAAGACGGAUCCUUUCCAUUCGGUGUCCCAGCUCCCAGAGGACGAGAGGGAAGCUGCUGGGAAUCAGACCAUACCCUCUUUACGAGAGCUGCUCGCCCUCGCCCAGCAGCACAACAUCUCAGUGAUGUUUGACCUUUACAGUUCCAACCAGGAAGAUGACACCAACCACACAGUCAGCACCAUCCUGGAUUCUGGCAUCAACCAAAGCCUGAUCCUCUGGCUUCCUCCUGCUGGAAGAGAGGCUGUGGUCUCGGCUGCUCCAGGUUUCACCCAGGUCUAUGACAGCGAAAAUGACACGACAGGAAAAAAUAAUUCACACCUGAAUGUGAAAUACAGCAAUUUGAGUACAACAAGAAUCAGUGAACUGCGGAAGGACAACGUCACCGUGAACCUGUGGGUGGUGAAUGAGCGAUGGCUCUUUUCUCUGCUGUGGUGUGCAGGGGCCAGCUCCGUCACCACCAACGCCUGCCACCUCCUAAAAGAAAUGAAAGGACCUGACUGGGUCAUGGCAAAAGACACAUACACUAUUGCGUGGAUCGUGGUGGAUGUUUUAUCCUUUCUGAUAAUGGCCGGGCUCUUCAUCUGGCAGAGGAGAACACACGUGUUGUGUCCAAGGAGAGGAACAGAGAUGCAAAGAAACAAUACGCCUGCCUGGAGCGGUAACGAACUUUCUCCCUUCUUAACCACCGGGUAGACGGACGCAGGGACGAGCCGAACCUAGCCCGCGGGACUGCUGGAGAUAUUAACCUCUGAAUCAGGGACAAAACAUGUAACUGUGAAUCAUCAGACACUGUUUUCUGAAGCCGUGACAGUUGUGUUUCUACAGACGUUUAAAUGUCAGCACUACACCACUAGAUGGCAAUUUGUUGUUUUGUUAGUUUUCUGUGUAAGUCUGGCUGCUGAACUGGGUUCACAGGCUGAAUAUUAUUCCGUUGCUACUGAAAUGUUUUUUCCUCUCUCUGUGUAUCACUGAUGUGCAGAGUCGAUGUGCACUGAUUUUUGAUCUUGACACCUUAUGUUCUCGAGUUUUUCUAAUGUUCUUUUGACUUGUUUCAAUAUUUUCUAUUGUGUCAGCACUGCCAGGAAAUGUGCCAUAACUAGAGUCGUGUGUGUUUGACCUUUGGCUGUGUGAGCUACUGAUUGUUUGUUUGUUGGUUUGACAUAUGAAAAUGUUUUGAAUGGCAGGGAGAUAUUAAACCAUCAAGAAUAAUCUAAUGAUGAUGUUUUUAAAUGAUAAAUUGUGCUUAUUAAGAGAUUGAUGCAUAAUUUAUCUCGAUUUUGUGGUGGAGUUGAAUUAUCAAGCACAUUCAUUCAUCUGGAUUCUAUGGUUGCAAGUUACGUUUGCAGAGGACAUUUAAAAUGCUUUGAUGAGAAUAAAACUACACUGUUACAACUUAAAACACCCAACAGAGUCUCAGAUUUUUACAUUUGACUCUGCCACAGUCAGGUGCAUUAUUCAAAUGCUGCUUAUGUGUCAGUGAAAUGUCUCCCAUGUUUUAUUAAAGUGCUUCAGCUUUUUGUUUGGAACGUUAUGUAAUGUUUGUAAAGAUAUUGUGCCAUCAAAGAAAUAUAAUUUUUUUUAAAUAAAUUGCUCUGACAGUUA